ACAAAAACAUCUCGCUGAGUUUUGGAGUAAACCGACAAACGAACACAAUGGAGACUGAGGAGAGCUCAUCCGAAACCUUGGACACAGACUUUCAGGAGGUUUUGACUGAGUUAGACUUAGAUGAUGACAAAAACCUGGAGAAGUUUCGUGUGGAAUACGAGAAGAUCGCUAAAGCCUUGCGGAAGUCCCAUGAAAACGAAAAGAGACUGAUGGCCAAAUGCAGGGAGCUGAACGCGGAGAUUGUGUCCAACUCUGUCAAAUUAUCCACAGCCAUGAAACUAGUCGAUGAAGAUCAAUCCACAAUCACCACCCUUAAAAAGGAAAUUGAGAAGGCCUGGAAAAUGGUUGAAGCUGCCCAUGAAAAGGAGUUGCAGGCAAAAGAAACGAUUAAAAAACUAAACGAGGACAUAAACAAUCUCAACAAUCUUGUGGGAAAAGGAGCUGGUGUUUCUGAGCACCAAGAACACAGCAUGGGUGAUCUGUUAAAGAUCAAAGAUGACCUGACCAAGCAGAGGGACAAGCUGCUGUCAGAGGUGGUGACACUCCGAGAGAACUUCACUAAAGCCACCAUCGCUCAGCAGGAGAUUGAGGCUGAGAAGAACAAAGCGAUGGAUAUGAUUUCACAGCUCCAGCAGGACAUCCAGGUACGUCAGAAUGAGGUUCAUCGAGAGACCAGGAGGAAGGAGAAGGUGGAGAAGGAAGUGAAGCAACUUCAAAUAGACAUGGAGUCCAGACAAACAGAAAUUAAGUCGCUGAUUCAGCAGAGCCAGCAUUUGAAAGAGGACCAGCAGAAACUGGAACAACAGCUCCAGGAACAUAGAAUCAUGAAUGAGAAAGCCAAUAAGGAAAUAGAACAACUCCAACAUCGCAACACUAAACUUCAACAGGACAAUGAACAAAAUGCCCUCAGCCUAGAUCAGCUCUCCCUACAAAACCAGCAACGAGCAUUAGAUCUGAAGAUGAAAGAGGAUGAAAUAAUACAGCAGAAGCAGGAAAUCUCCAAGCUGACCAAACUGAGAGAGGGGGUGCAGAGGAGACUCAGACAGAUGGAGGAGCAGAAGAUGGAGGUGGAGAAACAGAGAGUUACACUCAAAAAUCAGAUCACUGGACUGGAGAGAGAAAUGGAGAGCUCAAAAAAUCAGAUGGAUACGGACAAGAAGGCCAUAGAUGAGCUGGUGCGGGAGAGAGAUAUUCUAAACAAGAAUAUGAUCAAGGCUGCCAGUGAAACCGAGAAACAGCAGACCAUUGUGAAGCUGCACGAACAGUCAAAGAGGACCCUUGAACAAGAGAUCUUAAACUACAGGGAUGAAGCCCAGAAACAGCGAAAGAUAAUCUUUCAGCUGGAAAAAGAGAGAGAUCGCUACAUAAACGAGGCCAGCGAACUUACAAAGAAGGUUCUUGAGAAUAUCGAGGACAUUAAACUGAAGGAGAUGCAGAUCUUUGAGCAUAAGAAGAGAAUAGCGGAGACUGAAACAAAACUGAAGCAGCAGCAGAAUCUCUAUGAGGACGUCAGGGCAGAUAGGAACCUCCUCAGCAAGAACCUCAUUGAGGCCAAGGAUCAGAACGCAGAGAUGAAACGCAAGGUGAAGAUCGUGAACCACAUGUUCAACCAGCUAAAAGAUGAAAUCACCACAAAAGAGACAGCGCUGGAGAAGGAGCGCCAGGAGUUCCAGCACGUUGAGAGAGAGAGGGAAGCUCUCAAGACUGAGCUACAGAAGAUGAGGCAACAGGCUCAGGAGACAAAGCAGUUCAUUGACAAACAGGAGGCAGAGGAACGCAAGCUGCUGAAGAUCAUAGCAGAUGCUGAUGCUGAGAGACUCCGACAGAAAAAAGAGCUCGAUCAGGUGAUAAGUGAGCGCGACCUCCUGGGGACGCAGUUGGUGAAGAGGAACGAUGCGCUGGCAUUACUGUAUGAAAAGAUCAAAAUCCAGCAGUCCAUCAUGAACAAGGGUGAGAUGCAGUACAAUGAAAGAGUCGAGGAUAUCAGACUCCUGAAGCUAGAGAUCAAGAAACAAAGAAGAGAGAAGAACAUCCUCAGCAAGACUGUCUCCAAUGUGGAGGAUCUCAGACUGGAAGUGUUUCAUAUGCAGAGACAGCUGCUGAAAGAGAGGACAAGAUGUCGAGCUCUGGAGGAGGAGCUCAAUACUCCUUUGAAUGUUCACCGUUGGAGAAAACUAGAGGCUAUUGAUCCAAGCACCUUUGAACUGAUCCAGAAGAUUCAUUCUCUCCAGCGGAGGCUGAUAGCGAAGACUCAGGAGGUUGUGGAGAAAGAGCUUAUGCUACAGGAAAAAGAGAAACUUUACAUUGAGUUGAAGCACAUUCUUGCACGUCAGCCGGGUCCGGAAGCAGCAGAAAAACUGCAGGUCUAUCAGCGAACACUACGGGAGAAGACCAAACAACUCAAGGCUCUUACAGCUGAGCUCAACAUGCAUGAAAGCCAAUCAGAAGACUACAAGUAUGAGAUUGAGCGUCUGGCCCAUGAACUUCAGGAGGUCAAGAAAAAAUACCUCGCACAGAAACGGAGAGACCAGGAAAACAGGGAGAAGGAGCGAAGUCUUGCCCAGACAGGACAGCCCGUGAUCCAGCCACAGCGACCGGAUGGACCCAGAUUCACUGGAGGGGGCUUCAGCCUAAGGCAGCACAACAAAAAGUCACUUCAAGCCCUGGAACAGCAGUCCUGAUGCCCACCAGUGCCCCCAGGGACCGCUUCACCCAUCCUCUGAUCAUACCCUCUUGUUAUAAUGUGUUUUCUCUUAUUUAUUGUGGUUGGUCAGCUCCUCAGUCAGUCACUAUAAGCAAUAAACUAGGGGAGUUCUUGUUGCCUUUUGGAAUAAAGUGUAUUAUUUUCAUUCUCAUUUAGUUUUAUAUUUAUGCUUGUAGAGGUUCAGCCAAAAUGGCUGUCCUUGAAUGUCUGGUAAUGUAUUUUAAUAUUACAUUUUAACGCGUUAGCACUUUUAUUGGGAUGA